CGGCAAUACAUUGGACAAAUGAAGACAUCGAGUCGUCUGUCCAGAUACACGACCAACUAGAUCCACAGGCGGCCAAACUUAACACAUGGCCCAUCCAUCCAUAACAGCCUACACUUUCAAUGCACAAGCCUCCCCCUCCUGGAUCUACUUAAGAAGCAAGCAGGCCCUCCAGCCGGCGCUUCGCCUCUGCCAACUGAAACACACACACACGCUCAAAUACAGCACCCUUGUGUGUAUGCCGCCACCCACAAUGUGCCUCACUGACCCUGUCGCUGUGUGUGGCCUUGAUGUAAGCCGUGUUGUCCCUCUUGCGGUGCUUGCUCCGGAGCGGCCGCCCCUUGUCAGCCGCCAUCCUGCUCGUCACCUUCACCUCACCCUCAUCGUCCAAGAACAUCAGCCUCUCACCAUCGCCACCAUCAUCACCACCGUGCCCAGUGUCACCGCGCCUCUCCGCCCGCUGCUUGUGGUGCUUGACCUUUCGUCUGGCGAUCUCUUGUGCGAUCUCUGGCGGCACCUCGGUCUCUGCUGUGGGACUGGCGCCUACACGCCUGGCGCGGGGCAGCUUGAUCUCGAAGGAAGUCGCAAAGUCGAAGGAAUCGUCAUUGGACGGACAACGGGCAUUGGGACCACCAGGCAGCUAGUGGAGAGAAAGCCAGAGAGGGCGUAUGUGUGUACGCGUGUGUGUGGGCUUCUCGCGUACGUCUGCGAGUCUCUCUUGGUCGAGCCCUUUGGCGGUGUCCUGGAUGAGCACUUUGAAGUUCUGACCAAGAGCAGCACCACAAAGACACAACACGAUCUCUUGAGUGUCUUGUGUGCUUCCCUCCCUCCCUCCCUCCCUGCCUAACAUUGCCCACCGACCUUCGGGUAGUUGUGUGUGACAAAGGGAAGGCGGACCACCUUGCCGGCCACCAGUUUGCGCGAGCACCGGCCGCUCAGCCACCGCAUCUUGGUGUGCUUCGGCGUGUCGCUCGGGACAUCCACCGGCACACGCACCAACACAUCCAGCCCAUGGCGCGCAUACUCGGGCUUGAUGAACCUGUAUAUAUUGGACACAAUACGAUCAGUGCGUUUGGCCAUGGUGCGCUUGUGGGUCCCUCCCCCACUGACCCCAUAGCGAUGCGUCGUUUGAGCACCGGGCUCCAGACGGCCGAGGUGACUUCGCCGAUGGGUCGCCUGUGUGGGUUAGAGAGGAUGCCGCAGCCGGCGAAUACGUGUCGGUCGGCGAGGAAGCCCACCCGCCGGUAGGUGGGCCCCUUGGCCAGCUGCACAAACAGCUUCUCCCAGCCGAACAUCAUGUGCCGACGCAUCUUGUCCUGGUCCAGCAGCCAAGUCAGCGACGCGUGCACGGGCGUGACCUGAGCGAGGAAGAAAAGAGGGGCUGGCUUGUGUGUCGCAUGUGUCUUGUGUCUGAUGUGGUGGUACCAGUGGCGUGAUGUCCACUCCUGCCCGAGGCAGCCCUGCCUCCAUUCGCAGCAUGUCCAGGGUGAACAAACCAGCUGGGGAUAAUGACGGAUGGGCAAGCAGCGUCCUGCACACAGACAGGUGGACGGAUGAGCCGGGAAGGAUCUGACCUCCCUUCGUCAUGCACCCACCUGGCGAGCACCGGCGCUAGGUCAGGUGUGGUGACGAUCUCCACGCCGUCCUCGCCAGUAAUGCCCGCCCGCAUCAGCACCGCAUCGCCACUCUUCCCCCCAUCCCAUGACCACUGCAGACUGGCCGCCUGGAAGUACUUCAGCGACAGCAGCUGAGAAGGCGAUAUCUCCUCGCCGUUGUGGUCGAAUGCUCGGGCGAAGACAGGAACAGGGAAGGAGAGAGAUGGCGGGGGUGGGAGAGGGGCGCCUUGCUGGUGGUCUGUGCCUUGCGGGGCGUCUGGUGUUGUUUGCAUGGCCGUGAGGCAGUCGGUGAGGACGUUCACCGCCUUUGGACCCUGCAGCGCGAGAUUCGCCGUGUAGACGGACGGCUGGAUGUUCACAUCAAGACCAGACUGCCUGCACACACACACACACACACACAUCCAUCCAUCCACUGGACAUCUCGCAUGACGUAUCCAUCGCCGCGCAUGCACCUGCAGUAGACAAUGUACUGCGACAGGUAGUCGAAGAGGCUCUUGCGGUUGUGGCCCGAACACGUCAUGAGGAUGUCAUCCACCCUCUUGCACACAAAGGCGUCGUCAAGGAUGUACCCCUUGCUGUCGACCACACACGCAUACUGCACAUUGCCCAGCUGCACACACACACACACACUCUCAUAGAGAGGGCAUCAAUGUACCCAGCGUGACUGUCUCUUCGCGUGUGUGUCGCGUGCCUUCAUUUUUUGCAGAGAGCAGGUGAGAAAGUGGUCGGCAGCGAGGUAGCGGUCCUUGCCGCUGAUGUGGUAAGCGGCACGGUAGGACGUGUCGAUCAGCACCGCACCGCUGCGGGCGGCCGCAUGACCCGACACAGCACCCCUGCAUAGACACCACACACCACACAAUCGAUGGGCUAUCCAUCUCCGCUUGUGCCUCUGUGUGUGGCUCGCUCACUCAGGAUAUGUGCUGGGCACCAUGCAGUCGUGAAAGCGCACGAACUCGGCCCCGUAGGUGGCCCACACGUCGCCAAGGGAUGUGGUGCGAUCCUCACGGUGCUCCUGGAACGCCCCCUUGGUGCCCUUCUUUCCACCCCUGCCCUUCUGCCGCCCUUUGCUCUGUCGCUCCUGAUCCGCCUUCUCUGCGUGCCGCCGCUCCCACGGGGCCAUGUCGUCCUCUUUCAUGUCCUCGAAUGAGCGGAUGCCGCUGGCCUGCUUCCGCCUGAGCAGCCGGCGGAUCCUCUCCUCCUUGAGAUCGGACAUGCCGUCGUCAGCGAAGCCCGGGAACAUCUCAUCGUCGGGCACCUCGUGCCACGAUUGGGAUGUAGAGGAUUGUGCGUCCUCUCCCGGCUCUUCUUCUUUCCUUUUUGCAUAGUCCGUCGCCCCCCACGACUCGACUAUGACACCGAUGGGGCUGCCGUGGUCAUCCACCACUUCUCCGUGGGGCGUGCGGUCCGCAAGAAAAUCGGCCUCGUCGUCUACUCGACGUGGCGGUGGCGGGGCAGCCUGUGGCUGCUCGUCAGGCUGGGGUUGAUCCACAGUCCGCCGUACUGGCUUCUGCCGGCCGUCUUGCUCGUGGUGGGUCUGCUGCAGUGAGGCCACCUGGACGUGUGGGUAUCUGUCGAUGAGGUUGUUGAGGUGCGGCUUGUCGCUCCACCUGCGGCCUCCCUGCUUCGUCCGCCUUUGCUGCUGCUGCUGCUGUUGGGUCUCUCUGCGCUGCUGCAUUAUCUCCUGCCUGUGCCGCUCGGCGCGCGCAAUGAACUCGGGAAGCGGGUCACUGCCAGAUGGCUGAAGACGCCACACACCGCAAGACAUACAGAGAUGGUGUUGGUGUUGGUGUGGCUUUAACCUCACCGGCGAGGAUGAUGGCCGUCGAGGGCCGUCAGUGUCGGCGACCCGGUUGUGUUGGUAGUCCAUGAUGCCCUUGACAUGCUCCCGCACAAAGUCUCCCGCAGUCGGCACGUACUGCUCGAAGUCUGCGCGCGCCUCCACGGUCCGCUGCAGCACCGAAUGCAGCGGCUCCCCCUCCCCAUCAGCAUCGCUCUCGCCUUUCCUCACGGCCUCUAGAAGCGUCGCAUCAAUGCGCUCGUACGCAUCAGCCACAAACUGCUGGUGGGCCUCGUUGGGUCCGUCGAGCUUCAUAGGUCCGCUGAGAGGGUCGGCCAUGCAGCCGCCGCGGGAGCCUCGUCGUGGCAGCCGCUUUGGCAGCUCUGACGGGGCGUGGGGGAACUUUUUGCUCAUGAACGACUCGCGCUUGCGGCUGAGCUCACGGCUGGCCGGGAAGCUGUGAUGGACGCGGGACAGCGUCACGAAAGGGCGAGAUGACUGAGCAGGGACAGACAAACAGAUGCAUAAUUCAUUCAUCCGUGUGUCAGCGUGUGAUGUGCAGUGGGUUUCUUACGUGUUGUGUGCGAGGUCUGAAGCGCCUGACUGCCCUCCAGCUGGACAGACAAUGUGCCAUGAAGCAAUACGGUGAUGAUCAAAGAUCCAUCGAUCUGAUCAAAGAUCGGGGAAUGUG